UAUAUGGUUCAUAAAAUUAUGACAUCUCUAAAAUAAUUUCGAAGAGUUUUUGAGGCUCAAAAACUUGGUAGACAAUUUUUUGGACUAAUCAACAUGGGAAUCUAUAUUAUAAAUAUUUGGAUUAAAAUGGAAAUUCUAAUUGUAGAAUGA